UUUCACUGCCUUCUGUUCCAUCCAGCUCGGCGGAAAACCGAUACUUUCCUUGUGGGUCGGAGAGCGCCCGAGGCAAUGGCCAAGACCACAGCAUCGCUACAGUAGGCGGUGCGGGCGCUAACUGGUGGUGAGAGGGGAAGGAUGGCCAACACGAGCGGGCCAGACGGGUCUGUCGGCAACUUCACGGACAUUGAUGAUGCAGGGAGCCCCUACGAGACGGUCGAGGUGGUCUUCAUCGUGGUCGUGGCUGGCUCGCUGAGCCUCGUGACCAUCAUUGGAAACAUUCUGGUGAUGGUCUCCAUCAAGGUGAACCGACACUUGCAAACCAUCAACAAUUAUUUUAUUUUCAGCCUGGCCUGCGCUGAUUUGAUCAUCGGGGUUUUCUCCAUGAAUCUCUACACCAUUUACAUUGUCAUGGGCUCCUGGCCUAUGGGCCCGGUGGUGUGCGACUUGUGGCUGGCUCUAGAUUACGUUGUCAGCAACGCCUCAGUCAUGAACCUUCUCAUCAUCAGCUUCGACCGCUACUUCUGUGUGACCAAACCACUCAGCUACCCGGUGAAGAGGACCAACAAGAUGGCCGGAAUGAUGAUCGCGGUGGCCUGGGUCCUCUCCUUCGUCCUCUGGGCACCGGCCAUCCUCUUCUGGCAGUUCAUCGUGGGCGAGCGCAAGGUCCCGCAGGGCGAGUGCCACGUCCAGUUCUUCUCCAACCCCGUGGUGACAUUCGGCACGGCCAUCGCUGCCUUCUACCUGCCCGUUAUCAUCAUGACCAUCCUGUACGUACACAUCUCCCGGGCCAGCAAAAGCCGGAUCAAGAAAGACAAGAGAGAGCCGGAGUUGACCAAAGGUGCGGUCGUCUCCCCCAGCCUGGCCCGGGGCAAGCCCACCACCAAACCCGACAACAACAACGUCUCCUCCAGCAGCCCCCUCGACGGCUUGCCGCCGGUCAAAGUACAAAACGGCAAAGCGGUGAUCGACAACUGUGGUCCGGGGGAGGAGAAGGAGAUGUCCAACGACUCCACCUCGGCCAGUGUUGCUGCUUCCAUCCAGAAGGAGGAGGAGGGGGCGGUGGAUGGGGGCACUAGGGUCCCGGCCGUGCCCACGCCCGCUUCCUCCGGCCGCUUCAGGGUGGACGGCUCCAAGUUCUCCUGCAUCAAGUCCGAGAGGAGCGAGUCAGCGGCGGCCAACAACGGCGACAGGGAGAGGGAACUGGCCGCCGCCCGCAAGAUCGUCAGAAUGACCAAGACGCCGGCCAAGAAGACGAAGAAGAAAGGCGCUGUGUCGCGGGAGAGGAAGGUGACCAAGACCAUCCUGGCCAUCCUGCUGGCCUUCAUCGUCACCUGGACCCCGUACAAUGUCAUGGUCCUCAUCAAUACCUUCUGUUCCGUCUGCGUCCCCAACACGGUGUGGACCAUCGGCUACUGGCUCUGCUACAUAAACAGCACCAUCAACCCCGCCUGCUACGCUCUCUGCAACGCCACCUUCAAGAAAACCUUCAAACACCUCCUCUUGUGUCAGUACAAAAAUAUUGGCGCCACGAGAUAGAGAAUCACAAACCAAGCAAGCAAUGAACGUUUUUUUAUACCCAUUGAAGCGGACUUUCACAAUGUGUCUCUGUAAAUGUAUGUAAGUAAUAAGUGCAACAUGCCAGAGUAUACUAAGUGUUCAAGAAGGAACUGCAGAUGCUGGAAAAUCGA